AGACCACGUGCUUCUGCAACCAAACAAAACGUUAGGAAUCCAAAGCUAAAGCGUAGGUUUUCGCGUCGGCUAACAGUAUUUGAAGAACGACUUUCAUUCACCAAAGAUUUCCCAAGAACUAGACUAGUACAAACGAUAUUAUAUAAAGACUACAGGCAUCAACAUCAAAGGCUAGAGUACGUGAAUUUGCUUGUUGUCCUCGUGCAAGACCUCUAGAAGUAACUCUGGUGCAGAACAUGAACAAGUAUGUCUAGUAUGUUGUAUAUAAGAUAAGAGGACCACGACCACAACAAAAUGUCUUCUAGCUCCUUCCCCUUGCUGCCAACAGAGCAGGGACCGACGCAGUGCCCGACUACCGCGAGAAUAAACGACGAGUCUCGAACUCGACUAGAAGCAAGGCCGUCUCGCCGACCGCCUCUGCCCACAGCACACCAAACGACUCCUGCUUCGUCCAGCGGCACCGCUCUCCUCGUCAGACGAGGUAGCAAAAGCAGAUUUGGAGGUCCUGAAGCAGCUGUGGUCCUCCAUGAGAAUGCUGCUAGGGCCACGUCUUCAACAACGACUUCUGCUUCCAAGAAAAGUUCGCAUGCCACCACAUCCACGAGUAUGAAGUCCAAAAACACGCAUUUAGUCGUUCGGAUCCGCCCUACUCCCGUAAGGGAAAAUGGAGAGUAUAUUGAGGACAUAGUCUUUGACCCCAGCUGCAGUAAUAAGGGACGAGGACGAGAGACGCUGAUUCAUGGUAAGCGUUUUCACAUUGAUAAUGUUUUGGGGGACUUCGCUCAGCAAAGCGACCUUUUUCAAGCGGUGGGGGACAAAUGUAUAGAGAAUAUCUACGCGCAAGACGACCUGAAACGGAAGAAAAGAAGACUUCUUCGUGAAAAGAAGCGAUUAUCAAGUUUACGAGAAGAAGAAUUGCGAGAUGAAGGAGAAAAAGGAGAAGAUGAAAGUUGUAGAGAUCUUCAUGAAGCUUGUUCGGCAUGUAUCGUCGCUUGUGGUGCGACAGGCACCGGGAAAACGUAUUCCAUGUUCGGAAAUUUAGGGAGACUCGAAGAACAACAACAAGGACUACAGCCUCAGCAUCAGCCUUCCCACUCUCCUAUAACUAGUGCUUUUGCCUUCGGAGACAAUGAACUUGCACCAGGAGAUCAUCAUCUUCAUGCGGAGAAGCUUGUUGACGAGGAGGCUCUAGAUGAUCAUCAUGGUCGUAAACUAGAAGAAAGCGGUUUGUUGGAGCAGCUAGGUGUUGUCCCUCGCAUCUGCUAUCAGUUGCUGAAAGGACUUAUUGAUGUUCCUCGCGCAGCGCGAAGAACAGGCUCUUCUAGUACGUCUAAUAGGAGCUACUCAGCACACAGGAGGAGUUCCUCAGAAGAAAGCCGGAGCGUUUUCAAAGCAUCGUUGGAUUAGGUCUCAAAAAAUUAGAUUUUAUCAACGCUAUUGUCGCACUUCUACAUUGACUCCAGAUCAGGACAGCUGUUGUAGUUGUACUCUAGAAUGAAUGUGUUUCUGUUUGAUGACAGUAUUAGGAUAUAUAAAUUUGCUGGUGUAAAGUCAAACUCAAGGUCACGAAGUCUAGCAACACGACUACCACUAUUUAAUUUACCUGAUCUUUUCUAAUUUCGAUGCUGUGAACUGUACAAUGACAAGAUUCGCGAUCUGCUUGCGCCAGUGACGACGGCCGCUGCAGCGACUACCGGAACAGCCCCCUCUUCAAUUUCAACUACAACUACUUCUGGAAGCUCUACUGGCCUAAAACUACGCACAAGUCCUGAAAAGGGCGUUUUUGUCGAGGGGUUAACCGCGAAAGAAGUCCGAUCGGGUGUGCAUUGCCUGCACACUCUCAAAGAAGCGACUGAGCGCCGAAUCCACACGGCCACGACUCUGAAUCCGCACUCCUCCAGGUCGCAUUUGGUCUGCACCCUAAGGAUUUUUCCCGGGGAAGAGAGAAAUCCUUGCUCGGAACAUCAGGAUGCGAUCAUGCAACAUGAACAUGACGGUAGUUCGAAUAAGUCGAAGAUUAAGGCUCAAUGUACUUAUUUCAUUUCUACGACUCAUAAUUUUACUCCAUUCUCUUCUUGAGAUUCUGAGAAAUGAAGCCAAGAAAUGAAACGUUUUGUGCUCUAAGAAGAGCGGUCCCUCUUUUGUCUUGCAAUUUGUAGAUUUAGCCGGCGCUGAAAACCUAAACGAGGAACUUCCGAAAAGCAAGGACUUGAAUCACGUUAAGGCAAAGGGUUCCCCUAUUAGACUUGAUCGUAAUCCAUGUCCAUCUCUUUAGGUUUAGGUUUAGAAGCUGCACCUUUAUUCCGAUUGUUGAAACUGUCCUUCACCUUGUCCUAGUUUAGGGAAAGAAACAACAGCAAGCAUCUAAUCUUCAGCAUAAGUACAUCUUGAUCUUCUCAACCUCAAAAAUGUGAAUGAUCAUAAGGGUAGCACCACCUCUCUGUGAUGGUACUAGUCGAUGAGCCCUUCUUCAUCUUCUAAGCAAAAGCGCACCCAUAUCAACCAGUCGCUGUUUUAUUUGGGCCAUUACCUCGCUUCUGGAACACGGAGAACUGAUGGAGGCUCCAACAAUUUUAGGGACAGCAAAUUGGCCAUGUUAUUGAGCCAAACCCUGGGAAACAAGCAAACCCAGAGGUAUGUGAUUGCCGCAAUAUCGCCAAUGGCCAGGCAUAGGAGGGAUAAUUUGAAAACCUUGGAGUUUUGCAAGAACCUGAGUGAAAGCGUACUGACGCCGCCUUUACUCAGAGGCGGUGGAGUGAACAUCAAGAGUCGUAUCUGGACGGAAGACCAAGGAUUGGCGGCUGCAUCUGCUGGAAGAUUUGCAACGGGAACGAGGUGCCCGCCACCUGACAAUAAAAAGAAUCCAGCACCUACUCCUUCUAGCACUACUAAACCCAAUAUAGUUGGUCAAGACAAAGAUCAUAUUGCUGGUGUGACCACCGCAGAUAUCCCUAUUAUGGCGGGAGUUGGACGUGGAGGGAAGCGAAAUUCUUUCGCACGCUCAACACUCUCCUCCGCCGAACGUGAAAGAGAGACGUCAUUACUGAGAGCGGAACGAGAACGCAGGGACGAAAAAGACGGAACGACAAGGCUACCACCUGCUUCUAAAAGCAAGAGACAUCUUCAUCUUCAGCAGAGCGAGCGGAGGUCGCCAAAUGGAGCUAAAGGGGAUGAGUGUUCUCCAGGAGAUCAUGAAGCAAUGUCCGGAGAACAAGGAAUAAUAUCUGGGGAAACAAGUAGAAGGAUGCUUUCGAAGAAUGCAGGUGCACCCCCUCCGCGGUCUCCUAAUCAUGACAAUUAUACAUGUGGACGCACUUCUAGUGCAGGUGGUGGUCCUCCUACGGCUCACCAGAAUGUUGGAGGAGCUACAGCUACUUGUACUCCUAGUCGUACCCGUCCCAGUACUGGCCGUGGUCGUGGUCCUCGACGUUUGAUAAUUGACGACUAUAGUGGAGGAUUGUUGCCUGCAGAACUAGGACAAGGUCAACAUCCACAUCUUCCACAUCAACAUCAAGAACCACCUACAACUGAUGAACGUGUUCAACAAGGUCGACAUCAACAUCAAGAGCCAGCUGCAUCUAAUCUUCCCGGCGGCGGUGGAUGUAGAGGCCGUCCACAUGUUGAGCAAAAUUCUGAGACUCGACAGGGGACUGAGACUCGACAGAGGACCGGUCUUCGACAGGGGACUGAUCUUCGACAGGGGACUGAUCUUCGACAGGGGACUGACCAACAGCAGAUUUCUGAAGGGAAACGCGGCCGACCUCUUACUUCUAAAGGGAUUGCGGAUCAGGGGGCCGACUUCAACAGGUUCUUAGAGGAGCUCAGGUUAAGAAAUUCCCCGCUGUACAGGUCUUUCUACUUACAUGUUUUUCUUGUUUUUGUUUAUUACGUUAUUUUUUCCUUCGUGAAGGCUAAGGGACUAAGGAGAUGAAGGAACAAAGGAAAAAUUUCGUGACCACAAGAAUCUACAUUCUACACGAGCAAAUAUGAGAAAGACCUAGUACCUUGUCUAGCUCUAUCUAAUCAUCGCUGGCGUUAAGGAGGGACAGGCUUUUAUCGAAGAAGCUCGAUCUAUGAGUCAAAGAAGCGAAGAAGCCCGCUCUCUCUUGAGUGAAAGAGGUCAUCUCAACACAUCGAGGAGAACUCCGUCUCCUCCACCCAUCACUUGUAGUAGACGAAGAAGUGAUAGAAGUACACAUCAUGACGAUGACGACAGGAAGAAAGUACCAGGAGCACAACAAGAAGACCUGCGUCAAACUGUUGGUGAAGAACAGGUCGUGGGUGAUCAUGUUGUGGGGUCUCGGAUUCGGUCUCCACCACCACAAGAAAAACAAGAUCAAGAACACGUGGCAGGACCAGGAUUCAAUAUUUUCGAGAUUGGUCAUAAAGCGGCAGGAGCAGGAGGAGGGAACGUCAAUACGACGUCGAAGGUUAGUAGCAAUGUAGUUGUGAGCAAGCAGAAGAAGACGAGUGGAGUCGAAACUAGAAGUAGUGGAACGCAUGGAGGUGCUCAAGCUCAUGGAGGGCAGGAGAGUAGAGGACACUCUGGUGGGGGUGGACCACGAAAGCUCCAACAUAAGAACCAACAACUACAACAACAGGGAACGAGUACAAAGAUGACAGGGCUUGCCCAUGUUUUGAGUGAGCAGGAUCUACAGCGUCAACAGGCUGAGAUAAAUAAGGUAAGGCGCAAAAUGGAAAAACAAAGGAGUUUUCAGUCCCUCCCACAACAUCAAUUAGUACAUACUAACAGAUCUUCGCGACGCCCAUCAUUGCCUAGCAAAACUGAAGCCAGCAACACUAGAGACCAUUCAACAUUGAGCUGCAAGAUACGAGAUGAGUUGACAAGUAGUUGUGCGAGGGAUAGGGAACACGUGGUUUGUGGUGGUACUAGUGGCAGUGGUGGACAGGGAGCAGCUAGGGCUGCAUCAAGUAUUAACGUCCCAGGUGGAGCUCCUCAGCAGCACCAUCCUGAUGCCGAUGAAACGGAUCUAAACAUUUCGCGGCAACUAGAUGAGCUUGUCUCUUCGCUGUCCCUGUCUCAGAUUGAAAAACUCCGUGAUGUGAUACGCCUGAAGACUGAAGGUGGAUCAUUUUUAUCUCUGAAUAAUUCUUACAUUAAGGUCAGCUUUUAUCCAUCUUUCUCGGCAUCUUGGUACCCUUUUCCCUUGCAUUCUCAUGAAAUACAAGGCACAAGGCGUCAAGAUGAGGGGGCCGAGAUGCAACCUAGCAGACUCUAAUUACAACAACAACUCAACAUCAACUACAGCUGCGGCCGUCGAUAUUUCAACAACAUUACCUCCUUCUGCAGAUCAUGUUGAGGUUCUUCUUGGCACAACCUCGACAAAUCAUACGUCAAGUCAUAACAUGGUUCAAAAUAUGGCAGAUCGCGAAGAUGUGGAGCUGGAGAAGCCUCCUGUGUAUAAGCCGCAGGACGCGAACUCAAUGACAGGGUCUAGGAUUCAGCUAUUAACAGGCGAAAGCAAUGCUCAAGAUCAGCAUCUUCACAACGAAUCUACUUUAGAUUAUUUACACCAGAGUAGACGAGAUGGCAUAUUAUUAAACGAAAGGCACCUCCAAGACCAAGUCGUGGCUGAAGGCCAAGCCCAAGCUAGCACUACUACGAAUAGCAGUAGUAUGACUGGGACUCAGCAUUCGUCCCUGGAUUCUCAUGUCAGCUGCGUGAAUCUGAUGAAUCCCAAUGGGCGCACUACUAGUACUAGUGGUGGUCCUUAUAAUGCCUAUGCUGGAGGUGGUGGUGGUUGUCCUUAUGCGGCACCUCAGUAUAGAACAACGAUUCCUGAACGUCUUGAUAGUUUUGGCCAUGAACGUGAUUUUUACAAUGACGAUAGCGAAAGGGCGCGCGUUGUUCCCCCAAGGAGUGUCUCACCAAUAGACCUCCAUUUGGGUAGUUCAUCCUCGUCUCAUCAUGGAGGUGUACGUAGUUCGUCGUCUUCUACUUCCAAUUUUUUACCGUCAUUCGGAGCUGCAGGCAGAAGCGGUGUUAGCAUGAACACUGUUCAAAGUCAAAGAGCACUUCUUGGCGGGGGCUCUUCUACAACUAAUACAUCUAGUACAGCACAAGCACAACAACAACAAACUUCUGUUUCUGUAGUACAACAUCAGCGGCCACAGCCUCACGCACAACAUAAGAACUACAUCAUUAGUUCAUCUGAGAACAACACCAACAGCAAGGACCGAAAGAGAGCUUAUCUGCCUGCUGAUUAUGGUUGUGAAGAUACUAGCGGAGGUAGUGGUUCUGAGCAGGGAGGAGGUGGCAGAAGCGUGUUGGUGUAUACUCCGCAUCAUUUGAGACCAGUAACCGAACGUAGGGAGGAAGAAGAUGCUGCUACAGCUGGUGGAGAUGCCGAAGAUGCCAGAAGUGAUGUCAGAAGUGCCCUUCUUGCUGACGAGGAAAUCCACAAGGUGCCUCCUCGUGGCAGAGGCAGUUGUUCUAGUCCACCUACGGCUCGACCUCCACCUCCACACAUUCCGAGGUUAGACAUGAACCUGGUAGGUGCAGCACCACGUGGUUCUCCACCUCAACCCAGGGACACGAUUUCAGGUAUGUCGGCUUCAACAGUCCCAGCAUGUCCUCCACCUCAACGGACGAACGCGUUAGCAUCUUCUCCUUCACUAGCUACUGCUGAAGAUCAACUCACGAGUACGAUAGCACCAUCUCUCGGUAGUGCCGCAACCGCAGCUGGCACAACUCCUCCUAGUGCGGCGAAGCAGCAAGAUCCACCACCGCCUUCAAGAUUUCAGCCACCACGGUUUCAGCCGUCCUCUCGCGGAAGCUCCUUGGAUUCACGCAUAUUUAGUCGACCUCCUAGUUUAGUCCCGUACCCGUUUGGCGGUACAGCAGCAGCCGCAGCAGCUUUAGGUCCUGGAACACGAGCAGGGAACAUCAAUACUAGACCAAAUGCAAAUCUUAGAUUGCGGAUCUCUAGGAGUGUUUCACCAGUGAGGAGUUUUGGAACUCCGAACUUCGGUUUUGUAGGACAAAGGACUGCCUCGUCCACACCUAGAGGAGGAAUGGGGGAUGGAGGAGGAGAUGGACGUGGAGGUGCUGUUGCUCCUGUUGGUCAUCCUGUUUCUCCUGUAGGUGCUAACCAAGUGUCACAUAAUGUAGCGUUCACCACGAGUAUUCCUCGGAUGGGUCAACAACAUUUGGGCUCUACUCCUUUGUGUGUAGCAGGUCCACCAGGUCGUAACAUAGCUGGUGUUACAAGAAGCACUCCUACUGGAUCUGGACCAACAGCAACUGUGGACCCACCAUCUACAGCACAUCAGACCGUCAAUAACCAAAGAACAGAAACAAUGGGUCGUCCAACAGGAACAAUGGGUCACCUCAACAUUAGUUGUGCAACACCUCCGACUCAAAGAACAGAAACAAUGGGUCGUCCUCUCAACCACAUAGAAGGUACGAGAACACCUCCACCAACAGGGAUAGUUGUACCAAGUGCUUCUUCUUCGUCUCUCCUGGGUGCAUCGUCUUCGUCUCUGUUGUGUGGAUCCUCAGCGACGUCUCUCUUGGGGUCUACGGGGCUGAUGAUGAAUUCGUCACUUUUGGGCGGAUCGGGUAGAGCAGCCAUGGCUUUGGCUACGCCUAUACUGAGACAUCCGCCGCCUUUGCUAGGAUCUUCAUGGGCUGGAACAACUGGAGCUGCUGUGUCAGGGAAUACAAACAACAGGGGUCUUGCUGAUGUAGUUGGGCCGCGACCACAUCCACCACAGCAGCAAUAUCAACAAGCGGAAAUAAAUGUAGCAGCAGACGAACAUCAUCUCCAAGCCGUCCAACUACAAGGUGAACUGCAGAGUAGUCGGUCAACUAGUAGAUCUAGAUGCACAACUACAACUCACCGUGGGAGUCAAAGUCAACCUAGUGUUAGGAAAACUUCUCCCAGUCCGACGACCAAUUUCCUUUGUCGUGGUCCUCCGCAGCCGUUCUUUGUGCCACCUUCCAUUCUUUCUCCCGGUUGUGAGAGGAACGUGCUGCUUUGUGCGCCGAUGGGCAUGGGUAAUAAUGGUACUAGUACUAGUGGAAGUAUGAUGCAACAGCAGCAGCAACGUGGGCCACUGCAACAGCGAACUGGACAACUACAGCCACAAGUCCUUGCGUCACCUAGUACAUUGAGUGCCACGACCUAUGGCCAAAAUACUACAGGAGCUAAGGUCUCCUCUUCUAGCUCCGGAGGUGUGUCACAGCCUCUUUGUCGCGUCAACUCUGAGAAUCAAGAAAUUCAACAGUUACAGUUUUCAACGGGCCGGAUUCAGAACAGAAAGCGGUCGCUGUCGCAGCCAAAGAUAGUAGAAUCGAAAUCACGACCACCAGCAGAUGGAGAGCGGAUUCCAGGAGGAGCAGUCGUGGAGCGGAUCAAUCUCGACAUUUUUGAUGACAUUGCAGCACCAGCUGCAUGGCAAGUAGGUCGUGCUUCAUCGACAUCUUCGACAUCCUCUGGUGCACUGCUGUCGACGACAGCCGCAAGACACCAGAACCAGCAAUCGGAAUCUUCUACUAGUCAAACUGGUGCACUAGUACACGUACAGUCUUCAACUCCUUCACUCUUCCAGCUAGUCCAAGCAGAGGAAGAAUUACAGUUGUCAGAACAGAUGCAGUUGUCACGUGCAGUAGUAAGUUUCGAUGAAGAGAACGAGCCAAGUAAAGAGAACGAGCCAAGUAGAACUUCUUUACUUGUUGACGACGCAUUUUCUGAUGUUGUUGUUGACGAACUGGUGCAUGAUCCUCCUACUACAUUAUCAACUAGUAGACGUGGCAGUCAACAUGCGCAUUUUCGUGAUCCUCUUGCCACUCACCCAAAUAUAGUGGCUUCCUCAGAGAUGUUUGCAGCAAGUAGAAGUUCUUCUAGUACUGCUUCUGGACCUGGAAACGUCGUUUCUGCUCCGAAUGUUGUUCCUGUUCCUGCGCACGCACCUACCGCCUCGUCAGCUGCGAUAAUUCAUCAGCAUCCUCCAGCAGUCCCAGUCGCUGUCGCAGUCCCUUCGCCAACUUUCUCCUUCAGUACACCUGCUCUUGCAUUGGAGGAGCAACAACGUGAAGGCCCACCACCACCGCCUUCGCCUCCAGCAUACAGAAAAGGGGCACCAACAGCCGCCCCGCCAACGCCGGUUGCAAAGACGCGUAGCAUCUUGGUUAGCUCGCCUCAGUCAUCCUCAUCCGAGAGAGGAACAGCAACUGAAACUACUACCGGAAUAAACGCCGGAAGUGCAUACUACAACGUGCAGGGACAACAAGUGGCCACGACUUCUAGCCACCUUUCUCCACCUGCAUUAGAUCGGAAAGUAAGUUUCGUGAUACCCAUCGAUUCAACGGAUGAAGAUCGAUGAUGAAACACAAGACUGUAAAUGUUUUCGGAGUAAUAAUACAAAUUUAUUUAUAGUACUCUUCUUUCAUUUGAACAUGCUUGCUAGCAUGUUUCAGGCAGAGUAGAUCAUUUAGGUCACUGUUUUCUCGUUUGAGAUAGUUAAUUUCAAAGUUCUUGUGGUUGGCCACAAAUUGUCGCGCUUGUCUUUUUUUCUGCACAACACGUGAACGUGCAAAAAAUGCACCAUACUGAAUUAUAUGAUUUUUUAGUUCAGGCAUAAUAGAUGACGCCUUUGAUGAGUCUUGUUCUGUUGUAGUUACAGAAGUUGUAGCAAGUGUUGUCGUUUUCUUUCGUCAUAUACUCAAGAUUGAGUAGAAAUGAAACCAGUAGAAAUAAUGAUUUAUUCUUGAAGCCGCUGUUACUAGGACAGUUGAAAAAGGUAGAGAAUGAGGAUCGAUUCUCUUCUGGGUAUCCCUCAUGAUAACCAUAACGGAUGGUUUUCUUACGGUCUUUCCCCCUAUAUACUGCACUAGAUAGUGUUUGUCUUUGUGUAGUUAAUAGCAACAAGGUCCCGCCAGGAUCGUCUCCUCUGAAUCAAUGAGAGCCGUUCUCUUUGCUUAGAAAUAUGCAGACUUCUGGAAAUUGGAGUCUGUAGUUUUGAUUUCUUGAAAAAAGUGCAGCUUAAUACUGGUGGAGGUACUAGAUGUAGAUAGAAGCCUGAUCUUCUCGAUGCCGUGGGGGCUUCCACGUGCGUCAACAUCCUCUCAAUCGCGCGCCUUGCAACUACCUAAUUUAAUUGAAAGUACACGUUUCUUUGAUGCUCAUGAACAUAUUUAAGCAAUGGCUUGUUUCUAUACGUAGAAAGCAAACUGGACAAGAAUAGUUGUUUGUUUAAUGAAGCCUGCCAGGCUGAU